UGUCCAACCACUUUAACAUCAACAUCUUGUUUUGAUGGCAAUGAUACAGUUAAUGUUUGUUGUUUAACUUGAUCAAGAUUUUUUUUCUUGGACAGACAAACAGUAACAACAUCACUCUUAAAAUGGUUACCCACCUUUUACCAGCAUCUCUUUUCAUCUGGCGUUGAGUUUUCACCCCAUUAUUUUGCAAAAAUUUCACCGUAAUUCAUUGAAAUUCAGUCUCGACCGAUUCGCCCAAUCUCAUCAAAACAUUAGUGCUUGGAAACCAAAGUCCAUCAACUGAGCAACAAAUCAAAAUGAUUCCAUCUAGAAGUUUAACUCUGGUUGCAUCAGCAAGUCUUUUAUUUACCUUAGUGAUUCUGUUUAAACCAUGCACAGCCACAAAUAUUAAAUUGAGAACAAAAAAUUGGAAUAUUUCGAUGGAAACAAGCAUUGGAUCAAUUUUGUCUGGUUUUAGUGCUCUUCUUAAUUCAGGGAUUGAUACAAUUAGUCGCUCAGUUAGCUCGGUAGCCAAUCAUCCAAAUCUGAGUCGCAUUGGUUUAACCUCGGCUUUAACCCUUGGAUCAUCAUCUAAAUCAUCUCAACCAUCUUCACCAUCAAACUCUACUUCAUCUUCACCUUUUCUUCUUUCAGCUCUUGACCCAUUUGUAGCCUCAAUGAUGUCUGCCGUUGAAAAGAUUUCUGCCAAUGGAUGCUUUUAUCGAGGUGAAAUUUGUUACAAGAAUCUGGGAUGUUUCAAUACAGGUGAAUCAGCAUCCAAACGAACCUGUUUCCUUCCCGAAUUGCCAUCUUUCUUGAGAACCAAAUUUCUUCUUUACAAAUCACCGGAAGAAAAUCCAAUUCAAUUGAGCUAUGAAGAUGAGGAAGCCCUUUCAUCCGUUCCAACCUCAAGUAAACUUGCCUUUAUCAUUCAUGGUUACACUGAGAGUGGAAGUGAAAGCGAUUACAUUGAAAUGAUGCAGCGUCUUUUGCGCUUCACUGAUAUUGAUUCAGUGAUCAUAGUUGAUUACCGGGUAGCUGUGAGAAUCGGUAAUUUCCUUAGAGCCAUUGCUAACACCGAACUGGUUGGACGUCAGGUUGCGUUGCUCAUUGAAAAACUUCGUAUCCAUCGGUCAAUUAACCCUAAAAACAUUCACCUAAUUGGUUAUUCAUUAGGAGCCAAGGUUUCUCAUUUCGCUUGUUCCUGGGGUAACAAACUGUUUGGUAACAAAAUUGGACGAGUCACUGGUUUGGAUCCAGGCGAUCAUUUGGGUGAUACAGACACUGAAACAACAUUGAAUGAAAACGAUGCUGAUUUCAUUGAUGUAAUUCACUCUUCUGGAUUUGAUGAAAAUUCACCCAUUAGUAGCCUUAGAGCCGGUCGGUUUGGUAUUCCCGAACCAAUGGGUCAUGUUGACUUCUAUCCAAAUGGCGGUUAUAAGCAACCUUGGUGUACCAAAGCAACCAACUUCCUAUGUGAUCACGUAGCUGCUCGACAAUUUUUCAUUGCCUCCAUUGUUGAGUGUAAUUUCAAUACUGUACAAUGUAAACAGUUUAACAUUUGGGAAACCCAUAAUCCCUGUAAAGUGAUUGAUACUAGUCCAAAGUCAUCAUCCAUUAUGGGUUAUUAUAGUAAAGAAAGGCCCGGUCGCGGAAUUCAAUUCAUCAAAACUGCUGAAACAUUUCCAUUUUGUUGAUUUUUUUAUCAGCUCUUUUGUUCUGUCUUGAAAAUGAUUCAAUUUUGUAUGUAUUUUGAUUUAUACAAUGCAACCAACCCACCUUAAUUACAUAAGUUAUUAUUUAUAAAUAAUCAUAAAAUAAACUAUUUU